AUGUACGUGACCCAGCCGGAGGUGUGGCGACGCCUGACGCGAGGGUCGUCGUCGUCGUCGUCGUCGUCAGACGCGGUGGUCCUCGAGCUGGGUUCCGGCACUGGCGUCGCGGGGUUACUGGUCGCGUCCUCGGGCCUCCCCGUCGUUGUCGGCAUGUCCGACCUUCCCGCGCUCGUCCCGUUCCUCCGCGCCAACGCGUCGAGGAACAAGGCGCCGGAAGGUCCGGUGCCCGAGACGGUCGCGAUGGCGACGGUGCCCCUCCGAUGGGGGGUGGCGGACGACGCGAAGGCGUUGCCCGGGCCCCUCAGGGCGCCGCACGUGGUGCUCGGCGCGGACCUGAUAUACACCGAGAGGCGCGAGGUCAUCGACGCGCUCGUGACGACGCUCGCGUCGAUCGUGCCCGUCGGGGGCGUCGCGGUGUUUGCCUCGUGCGUCGAGCACAGGCCGGAGAGCGUGAGUUACUUCGAGGAACGCGUCGCACGCGUGGGCGGGUUUACCUGCGUCGCCGUGGACCACGGGGCGCUCCGGCCGGGGUACGGACGCGAGGGGGGCGGGGCGUUCAGGGUGGUGGAGAUGACGCGCGAGGGAGGCGAGGGGACGUCGUAG